AUGAGUGACGAACAACGAACAAGGAUUAUUCUCCUUGACCAUCAUCAUCCAUUAUUGCUUUUUCCGAAUCAUGAUGAAAUUAAUAAUAUUGCCCAUAACAACACAACACAUCAUAAAAAUUUGGAUUAUGAAUUCAAUGAACAUCAUCAUUUCAUUCAUCAUUUAUAUUGUCAAUUACAACACAAGAUGAAAAAUAUCAAACAGCGAAAAUAUGGAUUUUCAAUCACAAAUUCACCACUCAUUCACAAAAUUAAUUUCAAAACUUGGAAUCGAGCAUUAAUCCAUUCAGAGAAUUCUUUUGAUCCAACUAGUGUUUGCAUUUCACAUUCCUUUCAAAUCAUUCUAGUGAGUGAUUAUCGUCAUUCUCGAGUAGAAGUUUUUGAUUUAAUUUCAAAAAAUUGGAAAUUUGGAGUUGACCUUUGGCCGGAUGGAUUUCCAACACAAAUGUGUGUUCAAGAAAAUGAUGAACAAUACAAUCAAGCUCUGAUCAUUGCAUGUAAUAGUUGCAUUUACAAGUAUGAUUUGAAACGUUUUCUGUCAUGUUGUGACAUUGUUUCGUCACAGCAAACAAACGCUCUUGUCAAUGCAUGUAUUUGGGAAAAUCGAGAUUGUGAUUGGGUACAAGGAAUGGCCAUUUCUUAUACUGAAAAACAAUUAUAUGCUUGUGAUUUCAUUCGAGGCGAUCUUGUUUUGUUGGAUUUACAAACUGGAAUGUUCAUUCGUAAAAUUCCAAUGACGGAUGCCUUUGCUGUUGCGUUUGCAGAAAACGAUCAAUUGUUGAUCGUCGUUAAAGCUGGAUCUUGUUGUGUGGAAAUUUUUAGAAAGGAAAAUAAUUUGGAAUGGAAAUUGAUCAAAACGAUUGGUGGUAUGGGAAAGGAAAAGUUUAAAUUCCCUAGUUCUGUCAUUGCCGAUCGAUUUUCGAGAAUAAUUAUCGUCGCAGAUCGUGACAAUAAGAGAAUUCAAAUAUUUUCAUUGGAUUCGUUUGAGUUUGUGACAUCGAUGGGUGAUGGACGAGAAGAACUCGAGUUUGAAUAUUUUCCAUACUCGAUUGGUCUUAAUGAGCUGAAUGGAGAGUUAAUUGUUGUUGAGCAACAGUAUUGA